CUUAUUCUUUACUCCUCAGGCAAAAAGGUUGCUCAAGGAGACUGGAGGACGGGGGUCUGCCUCGUCACUGUCACCAGGAGCCUUUCUUUCUGACUCGCUCACCAGAAAAGACUGUCAGUCCUCACAGCGCCUCUGGAAGCCAGGGAGGCAGCUGUGGGAUCCUGGCUGAGCCCGGUCCAGCAUCUUGCCUCCCGCUCCUGCACCAUGAAAACCCUGCUUUGUGACCUCCUGCUGCUCAGCCUCUUCUCCAGCGUGUCCAGCAGCUGUCAGCAGGACUGUCUGACCUGCAGAGAGAAGCUCCGCCCGGCUCUCGACAGCUUUGACCUCGAGGUGUGCAUCCUCGAGUGUGAAGGGAAGGUCUUGCCCAGCCCUCUCUGGACCCCAUGCACCAAGAUCAUUGCCAGGGGCCCCUGGCAGCUCAGCCCUGCUGACCCAGAGCACUUGGCAGCUGCUCUUUACCAGCCAGGAGCCUCCGAGAUACAUCUGAAGCGAAUGCCCCGUGUCAGGAGCCUUGUCGAAACACAGAAAGAGACAGAGCCUGGCAUGGAUGAGGCUGGAGAGGAGCAGAAGCAGCUGCAGAAGAGGUUUGGGGGCUUCACCGGGGCCCGGAAGUCGGCCCGGAAGUUGGCCAACCAGAAGCGGUUCAGUGAGUUCAUGAGGCAGUACCUGGUCCUGAGCCUGCAGUCCAGCCAGCGCCGGCGCACCCUGAACCGGAAUGGUGUCCGGGUGAUCCCCAAAACAGCAUGUCGCCAGGCCCAGACCUGCCGGCUGGGCAUCCGGAUUCCUCCCUUCCCGCGGCACUGAGCCGGGCUUCGCCUCCAGGUCUCCACGCCUCCCCCGCCCCACCCACAGCAUGUUUCAUGACAACCCAGUCGCUACAUCAGAGUGUAUUUUUGUAAUUCCUCCAGCCGACAUGUAAAUGGUCCCGUCUUUCCUUCUCGCCCACCUCCUCCCUCUUCUAGGGGUGGGUUGAUGGAACAGGACAUCAAGCCUGGGGUUUUGACUUGUCACUGCCAUCACUUGUUUGUAAAAGAGCUGUUCUUUUUGACGGAUUGUUUUAAACAGAUUAUUUCUCCAUUAAACUUCUACUG